AUGCCUCCACGUCGCCCCCGGCCAAAGAUCUCUCUCUGGGCCCGUUUUCGAACAUGGCUUCGCUAUUGGGAGUCACCUUUGCGCAUACGCAGUAGCCUCAUCCGACUCCGCCACCAGCACAAGUAUCCCAUACUCGCAUUAUUGCGCUUGUUCAUCCCCUAUCCGUCCUGGUACUUCCCAAUACCGGGUCCGUUCUCCCUUCGCGCACUUAUUGAAGAUGCAAAAAAUGAAACGGGUAUAAUUCGAUCUCAUUUUGGCGCUAUACAUAAUCUUCGCUGCAUUCCGAUCUGGCGCGCGCGAGACACACCGCUGCGAUCCAUCUACCGGCUCUAUGAGCUCCACCUUGCAGAUCGUUACGAGCUGAUGGGGUAUGAAACAGAGUACUUUUUCUUUCGGUCAGACUGGAAGCUGGGGGAGAUACCAGACCCCAAAGAUGAAAACCCUCUCCGUUAUGCUAUGAUCGCUUCGAUUAUGGAGGAAUUGCACGAGGCAGUUAACUGGAGAUUGGGCUUGGGUCUGCGCAGAAAUCGAGAACAUGUAUUUCGUGAGGAGGAUGGAGAUCCCUGGCCCCCUUUCACUCCGGAAAAAUUGCCAGACUGGACAAAGAAUGUGGCACCUAUCGAUAAAAGUCUGUUGAGGCUGUCGGUCCCAGUAGAGAUGGUGGAUGCUGAGGGCAAUCUGGUACUCGAGAAGAAUGGCAAAGGUCGCAACUUUGCCCGCCGCAAUAUCAUCACCAAUACAGGCUGGCUCUAUACUAUCUAG